AUGCGAGGAUGGAUCGCCGUUUUGUUCAUCAUGCCAAUCUUUCUUGCAACGCUCUAUCAGAGUAGAAACACCAUCCCGCUUCUCCACCGUUGGCCGUCAUCGUCUCCAGCUGUACUGCUGAACUCCCUGAUUUCUCCCUUCAACAUCCGCAUCCAUCGUACCAUGUCGACCUUCAACCACCCGGACUACGCGGUGCCCGUAACCUUGCCCGAGGGCCUAACCCAGGAGCAGCUUCUCAGCUUUCAUCCGUUCCGUUCUUGGAUAUUCACGCUUGAAAACUCCCUUAGCCUGCAAGCAGGGGACAGUUCACAUCCCUUCUACCGGGAUCCCUAUGUGCUCCGCUCCGUGACCGUUCAGUCAUUCGACCUCUUCGGCGGAAAGAGGCUCGGCUUCCUCAAGCUCGUCGCCGAAGUGACGAACCGCGCCGGAGAGAAGCUCCCCGGAUCAAUCUUCCUUCGAGGGCCAAGCGUUGCCAUGCUCGUGAUCCUGAUCCCUGACGAUGCACCCGCCGAUAGCGAUGAACGAUAUGUCUUGCUCACCGUGCAGCCACGGAUACCUGCCGGUGCCCUUGAGUUUGUUGAGCUGCCCGCUGGCAUGGUGGACGAAGAGGGCCAGUUUGCCGGAACUGCUGCGAUGGAAAUCGAGGAAGAACUCGGCUUGAAGAUUCCCACUCCAGAGUUGAAGUGCCUCAGCGAGAUGGCAGGGAUAUCACCAAAAAGUGAUAAUGACAAGCUCCAGGACGGAAAUUUGCCACACGCUAUGUACCCUUCCGCCGGAGGGUGCGAUGAGUACAUCCCUAUAUACAUGCACGAGAGACGUGUACCACGGGACACGCUCAAGGACUGGACCGGUCGACUUACGGGGCUCCGUGAGCAUGGGGAGAAAAUAUCCCUCAAGCUGGUCAAGAUGCAGGAUCUUUGGCGCGAGGGAGCGAGAGACGCCAAAAGCCUUGCGGCGGUGGCCUUGUGGGAAGGCUUGCGAAGAGAGGGGAAGCUUUGA